AUGCCCCGGAGCCGUCAAUCUGCAAGCCAAACCCCGGCAUAUCAACAAUUGGAUCCUCCUCGCUGGUGGGAAUUCAGAAUUCGUCUUGUCUCAUCGUCUCAGCCCGCCGCGGGCGGCGGGCGCGAGAUCUCGGCGAACGGCUUCAGUCCAGUCCAAUCGUGGCUGAGUAUGCUGAGGCUCAACUUGACAGCGCUUGCUCAACCGCCGAGAUUCUUUGUCACGCAAUUGAUGAAUCUUUCGACUUCAAUUCUUCCUCAAGACGGCAGCUCGAACGGGCGAUUAUCUUGA